AUGCCCACCAACAACCACUUUUUACUGUUCAAAUUUCCUUUAGAUUGCUACGGACCUCUGGGAAUAGCUGAUGGUCGCAUCAACGAAACUCAGAUGGUAGCCAAUUCAAUUUUUAACAAUAAUAAGACACUGUACGGACCUGGUCAUGCGAGACUAAACCGCACAGGUGGCUACCGAGCACAGCCUGGUUCCCAAAAUAGUCCCGCACUUACGGUUAACUUUCGCAAAGCUAUGAUCGUUACAGGAAUUGCGACUCAAGGUUACUAUGGUGAAAAUAUACAAGAGUGGACCAAAGGAUACAAUUUAGGAUAUACAUUUGGAUCCAAUACACACUUCUUUAAGGAGAGAAACAGAAUCACCACUAAGGUAAAUAGACAAUACUCUUUUAAUAAAGGCCGAGAAAGGGCUGGAUGCGAAUGUGGACUCGCUUUCUUGUCCACAGUCAGGUCAAAAGCAAGAUACAGAUACAAAUCUUGUUACCAUCCUCAGUGGCCAUAAAGUAUCUAACAACUGCAGUCUGUUAAUUUGAUUGUAAUUCCAAUAUACGGAGAGAAUCCGAAACCUGAUCAGAUCCCAGAGCACUCAUGCCACCAGCACCUUGCUGGCUCAAAUAUAAUGUACACAAUCUUUAAUAUAUGACGGUUUUACAGAUUCUUACUUAGACACAUUUAUUUUCAGCAAUUUAAAGGUAACGAUGAUAACAACACUAUUGUCCUGCACUAUGUUCCACUGCCAGCAAUGCUUACUGCUAUCCACGUGAUUCCGACUGAGUGGGAGAACAACUUUGCUAUUCGACUUGAACUUUACGGCUGCAUCGCAGGUAAGUGUAUGUUAGUUUGAUUCUUGAAGGAAAUGACGCCCCACCUUAAGUCGCUGAUUCUAAAGCGACAGAGGGCGUUCCGUGAACACGGUGCAGAAUCAUGUAGUUUCAAGUUCUAUAGGAACGUAGUAAAUCGUGAAAGAAAAUCAUGCAAAGCCUCCUUCUAUAAGGUCAAAGUGGAGCACAUGAAGGAUGAAAAUCCAAAGCUGUGGUGGAAGGAGGUUAAACGUCUAAGUGGAUCCCAAUCCAACUCGGGCAAUGUUAUCAAUCACAUCUACAUCGAAGAACUUGAGGAUUGUAACAACCAGGAACUUGCAAACAUCAUUAAUCAGGCUUUCCUUGAACCACUCGAAGAAUAUCGCUUGGAACAGCCGUUGACCAAGUUCCCAGCCCCUACUGACUCGCCAAAGCUGCAUGAGGUAUCCGAGCUGAGGAUAAUGAAGCUGCUGGCUACACUGAAUCCAUCAAAGGCGUGUGGCCCGGAUGAAAUACCUAACUGGCUCCUUAAAGAGUAUGCUGAGCUGUUGGCUUUUCCAGUCUCUAAAGUCAUCAACUCUUCGUUUAAAGAACAGCGUCUCCCGAAGAUCUGGAAGUUCGAUGAUGUCUCGCCAUUGCCAAAGUUGAAGCCGGUGGAGGAUCUAAAGAAGCACCUAAGGCCGAUUUCUCUCACUCCUUGUCUUUCGAAAGUUGCUGAAGAGUGUGUCGUAGUUGACUACGUGAAAUCCGCCGUACUUAAUGUUCUCGACCCAAGCCAGUAUGGCGCUGUGCCGAAGUCCUCCACAACUCAAGCACUUAUUCUCAUGCUUCACCAUUGGACCAAGGGAUGCGAUGGCAACGAAGCAACUGUUAGGGUUACACUCUAUGAUUAUAAGAAAGCUUUCGAUCUCAUAGACCAUAGGAUUCUUGCUAAUAAGUUAUGCAAAUUAGAUCUACCGACUGAAAUAAUCAAUUGGAUCAUAGAUUUCCUAAGUGAUCGUUCCCAGAGAAUCAAACUCUCAGAGGGAUGUUACUCCGAGUGGGGAUCAGUCCCAUCCGGGGUACCCCAGGGGACGAAACAAGGCCCGUGGUUGUUUUUGGUGCUCAUCAACGGUCUAGAAAUCAAUAAUGCAGGCAAUAUCUGGAAGUAUGUUGAUGAUACUACUACAUCCGAGAUCGCUGCGAAAGGAGCCAGUAGCAAUUCCCAAUUGAUUACAGAUACUGUCGUACAGUGGCCUUUUGAGAAAAAUGUAAAGAGCUUAGGAUUUCAUUUGCAAAGAACAAAUCACAACUCCCGCCUAUAGUAGUAAAUAAUCAAGAACUAAAAUGUGUUGAAAGCGCCAAAUUACUAGGCGUUACGAUCUCCAACAACCUUACAUGGAACAUGCACAUUGAUCAAAUCAUAAAGAAAGCUUCUAAACGUAUGUAUUUCCUAAUACAAUUGAAAAGGGCCAAUGUCGCAAGGCAUUAAUUAAUUCUUUUUCAUACAUCUUGUAUAAGGUCAGUCAUGACCUACGCAUCACCUGCGUUUUUCUACGCCCUGCCAUUUGUAUUUAAAGAAAGAUCUAGAGAAUGUAGAGAAACGGGCACUACAAAUCAUUUGCCCGGGACUCGCCUAUAGAAAGGCCUUAGAGCUUUCCAAUGUUAUGUCUAUCAAUGACUACAUCGCUAGCUUAUGUAAAAAGACCUUCCUCUCGCUUGCUAGUGACCCGGCCCAUCGCUUACAUAACAUGCUUCAAUCGUCAGGGCCGUCGUGUUAUAAUCUUCGGUGCAAAAGGCGUUUUGCGAUUCCCAAAUGUAAGACCGAGCGUUUCAAAAAUAGUUUUUUAGUAAGAUCAUGUAUUGGUAACGAAUUUUAGCGCUCGGUGAGUUUUGUAAAUGAGAUCGACGACGUUGUAAAUAUUUUAACAGUUUUAAGCUUUUUUAUUUAUAGGAUGUUAUUAUUUAUUUAGGACUUUUUCAUUAUCAUUUUAUUAUACUCGCUAUUGUAAGAUUCUGUUAUAUUAUAUUAUAUAUUAUAUUGUAAAUACACAAUUCAGCUUAGUAGCUGCAAGCUUUUUACAAAUAAACUAUCUAUCUAUCUAUCUCUAUCGAAAUGUUAUGAUACUCUUGUUAAAAAGAGAUGCAAGUUACUCUUUUUCUUACAACACUGGGUUCGGUCGCGCGCCGUUCCCGCCGAGUCGUCCCGAUUCUCCAUGAAAAUAAAUUGACGGUAAGGCUGGUAAAGUUAUGAUAAUUCAGGGUGAGAUAAUGUUAUCUCUUAUUUCACAAGCAAUUAUGCAAACAAUUCUGAUUGCAUGGAAAAAAUGAAAACAAUGAAUACAUGGUGAUAAAUCUUCCUUCUUCAUGAAAAGAAUCAUUUUCUAAACUACCAUGAGAUCCAUACUUGCUUCGGAUUCCUUGUUCCUCUGUAAGCCAUGAUUUAUGGAACAUUUACGUUUCAGAUGGAAAUGAGUGCGAAAGUAUUCCCUGCCAAAACAAUGGAACUUGUUGGGAAAAGAUCCGAGGCUACCAAUGUAACUGCACUGCUGGAUUCAACGGCACGAACUGUGAGAUAAGUACGUUUGUGUCUGUAAUAUUUUCGGUUGACUUCUUUUAGAAAGUCCUUGUGCAUGACGGUUCUUUGUUUAUGUUACAGGUCAAAAUUAAAUUCAGGUUAAAAAUUUUAACCUAGUUUGAUUCUCAAUUUGCCCUAGCCCUAAUUCAUGAAUAAUCAGGGCUAAGAGACAAAGAAAAUUGAGAAUCAACCAAGGGUAAAAAAUUUUAACCUGAAUUUAAUUUUGACCUAUAACAUCUAUAUUACUAGUCUCAUUGACCAUAACAACUAACUAAAGAUAGUACGCGCGUUCUGAUUGGCUAAAAACCUAUCGUUCAUUGUGCCGGUAAUUUCAUAGGAAACUUAAAGCUAUUUUAUAAAAGCCAUAGACCACACUUUCUUUGGGUUUACCGGCGUGAUAACCCACUUGGGACGUUGGGAGAACACUCGACUCCCAACAUCCUAAGUGGGUUAUCACGCCGGUAAACCCAUAGAAAGUGUGGUCUAUUGCUUAAAUAUAUAGAGACCUUAAACAUCUCAAAACAUGAGUCCUGCAGGGAUGUCAGCGAACAUUCAUCACACUCGCCUUAGCUCUUACCAGCGGUGGUACUUGUAGCUUUUACUGUUUCUAGCUGUUCAAAUCUUUUCUUUCCUCAGACAUAGACGAAUGUGCUAGUAACCCUUGUCUUAACAAUGCGACAUGCUCUGACCAAGUGAAUGACUACAGGUGUCACUGCUCGCCAGGGUACUCUGGGAAAUCCUGUGAGACUGGUAUGUAGUAGCAGCAAGUGGGUCUUGUAAUCUGUAAUUCAUGGGUAUUUAACAUAAAACUGAAGAAAAAAAUGUUAGUUCAGGUUCUAAUUCUUACAGUAAACGUCCGUAUCAUUUUACGAUUUUUAAUUGACGAUUUCUCGCAAAGUUAGUUCAUUCACACAAUCCGCUUUUUCCAUUGCCGUUGAAGUAAUUUUAAGGGGUCAAGUAAGAACCAUAACUCGUAAAUCUCUUUUGCUACUGGUGUACCUCAAGGAUCAAUAGUAGGACCAUUGUUAUUUAUCAUUAAUGAUUUUUCCAAGUAUUCUACGUAUUUCUCUACUAGAUUAUAUGCAGAUGAUUCAUCUUUGACAGCUUCUGAAAGCGAUCUUGACAGCUUACUAUGUGAUAUUAAUAAUCACUUACCAGUUGUCUACGAAUGGUUAUGUAGUAAUAGGCUGAUCUUAAAUCUGACUAAAAACUAAGUACCUUAUUUUUAUGCAUCCGGCCAAAAGGAAAAUUACAGCUUCUUUUUACCAUUAACUUUUGCCAAUGUCUGUUUAGAAAAAUCUUCUUGCGUCAAAUAUCUCGGUGCGUAUAUAUUGAUUCACACCUUAACUGGCAUGACCUUAUUGACUACAUAGGUAGCAAAAUUUGCAAAAAUGUAAAAGUUAAAGCAUUACGUUUCAACUGCAACACUUAUUAGUCUGUACUAUUCUCUUAUGUAUCCUUAACUUACUUAUGUUUGUAUACUGUGGGAAAAUAAUUAUAAUGCUCCUCUUUCUCAAAUUAUAAAAUUUCAAAGCAAAGCUGUUCUUAUUACCAAUGAUGCUCCUUUAUAAUGGAAUCAAUAAAUCCACACUACGUGUCCUUAUAGGCUUUUUUAAAUUUCCUGAUAUUGUUGAACUGAAAACAUGCUUACUUUUUUAUGAUUAUUUCUAUCAUGAAAAGUUUCCUAAUUUACCCGUUUCACUAGCAGUUGAGGUAAAUAAUUAUAAUGCCCGUAAUGCCUCUUCUGAUCAAAAAGCUUUAUCUUUACCUCAGACUAACUUAACAACCGGUCAGAGAUAAGCCAACCAAAAAACGUUUAAAAACGCACUUUUGCAUUGGUAUCUCGCGCGAAGCGCGCGGGCCAUAAAUCGAUGGAAAAAAACGAGGAUCCGUAAUUUACAGUACGGACUGAAAAAACGAGGCUAAUAAGAUGUUUAUUAUAUGGCUUCUUCCUGUUUGGGGGACCGGAAACAAGUACAGGACGCACGAUUUGGCAGUCAUUUGACAGGCGUCAAAAAAGAAAGUUUUUAUUGGCGAACGAAAACAAUAGCACAUAAUAAAGGUUUUCCAAGAAAGUAAAAACAAAUUCGCCAUGUUGAAAAAGUUUAUUCGGUCAAAAGUAAGAGCACUGUAAGUUUUAGCUCUUUAAUGUAACGCUGGAGUAUUUUGGAAACCGAACACCGUGUCUGUCUCGAAGUCUUUUCCAUCUUUCCUCCGUUUGUCCUUGUAAAAAAAAAAAAAAACACUGCAUAAGGCAAAGAAGCUUUUCAAGAUAAGUUUGUAAUCAUUUUCGAAGGAUUCGCUGGUUAAAUGUUUUUGGGAAAACCUCUCUUUCUGCCUGUUCAUUCUCGUCUUCAAUUAUGAUCUGCCGUUAAAAUUUCCAAACAAUGGCUAAAAUUCUCUUCCUCGGUAAGGUUACGAUUCAGUUUGUACAUCAGCUUCGUUCUCAUUAAAACAACGCUGGGUUCAAAUUUGGAAAGGCAAAGUCAACAUCCCAGUCCUCAGGGUUUAUAGACAUAUUUUAAAGUUUAUUCGGUCAAAAUUUAGAGCACUGUAAGUAUUCACUCGUUAGUGUAACGCUGGAGUCUGUUGAAAACUGGACAUUGUGUCUGGCUGGAACUCGCUUCCAUCUUUCUUUCGUUGGUCUUUGAAAAAACACGGCAAAUGGCAAAGAAGCUUGUCACGAUGAUCGGGUGCAGGUUUGUUUGUUAUCAUAUUUGUCGAAGGAAUUACUCAUUUCUCUUAGGUAAAACAUCUCGAUUCUCUGUCAGUCGACUUUCCUAUUCUUAACUGUGUACUGCGAUAAAAUUGUCAAACGCUGUCUAGAAUCCUCUUCAAUAAGAUUACGAGUUAGUUUCUUCAUCGCCUUCGUUCACAAAUAAACACAGUUCAAAAUGUUGAAGGCCAAAGUCAACAUCUAAGUCCUCAAGGUUGACAGGCGUCUUAUAAUAUAACUUUAUUUAAACCUUUUUUCCGAAGUAAAGAGAUUUAGAGCUCCGAAAUAAGCAUUUUCUUUAACAAUUUUGGUCCGUAUAGCAAGUUAUGGACAGCAAAUUGACCAAUCGCAUGGCGAAAACAGACUCAGCCGUAUCAUAAUUUCCUAUAUUACGUUAUUUUAGGGGUUAUAUAAGUUGACCUACAACCCUGGUCAAAACGUUUUGGGACACUUGAGGAAAUUAGACACAAAGACGCACUUUGCUAAAUAAACUCAUAUCCUACCUCUUAGAAACGCAUGGGGAUGUUGCUAUAAGGGGACGCUAAGGGGCUAUUUCUUCUUUCCCCCUCUUCCCCAAGCAGUUUUGAUUGUGUUGAAUUAAAACUUGAAUACAUAACGUCAACACUGCAUCGAGGGGAAGGGGGGAGGGAUGAUGCGUCAAUUUGAUGAGCUAUUGCGUUAGUAUCCCAAGAACUAUGACCAGGGUUGUCUGAAAACCCCUUCUAUAUAUAGGAUAACGAGUUUUAAACAUUACGAAACUUAGAGAAAAGUUGUGGAUUUGUAGGUAUAGCAAUCUUAAAAUAGUUACCAGGUGUUACCUUGUACUAUUUAUUCCGAGAUCGGAGGCGCAUAGAUGAACGGUUUCGAAUGCAUGCUUAUUAAGUAUCCUCAACGUACUCAAGGGCAAACUGUGCAAACAUUACAGCAAAAAGCAUCGUGGAGCAGAGUGGGCUUAGUUUUGAAAUGGCAAGUACAAAACAUUUCCACAUUAUCCAAAUGAGAAUGGUUACGCAUAUUUAUAAGCAAAGAAAAAUGGGCUUCUAAGUGAAAACAAUCGCAAGUUGCGUGUACGAUUCGGCGCUCGCAAAAACCUGAAACGUCCAGUUGCGGAAAAUCCUCUGAUUUGGACGAAUGAAUCGAAGUGGCCUUUUAUUUAGAUGCCGUGUCCUUCGUCCAGAAAUACAACGAAACAUAAAAAAAAAUCACUGAUAUGGCGACAGAAGGGAGAAGGCCUUUCGUUUUUGUUAGGUGAUACUAAUUAAGGUUCUGAGGACUUGGCUGAUGCCAUCGCUUGUAGAAAAGGGGUAACACAAACUGUACCUAAUGAGAAAAUGAACGGCAAUUUCUUGGUGCUUAGUUGAAUAGGGAACCAUUUUAAUAUGGCGUUCGGUCGGGCAAGGCCGAAAAGAAACGCAAGAAAACUCUUUUUAAUGGACAACGACCCAGACAAGGAAGCGUGCGAAGAAGGCCCUAGAGGAUAUACUGAGACUGAUAUGCAUAGAAAAUUUAGAUAACCAGAUCAAAUGUUACUUAGAUGAAGAGGCUGUAACACAGAUUUGUACAAAGGAUUCAUUUGAACAGCUUAAUGUAUAAGUUUAGGAGCGUUUGAUAAUUGAUUAUUUUCUAUCCAGAGAAUAUCGAUUGUCUCAUAUCGAGUGCGACUCACAGAAUUGAAACUGUACUUGUGUCUAGAGGUCACCGAACAAAAUAUUAACUUAGAGUGCGCUACUGUUACAGAAGUCCUCACUUUUUAUUGUAUUCCCCAUGUUACUUUGCUUAAAGGGCAACUUUGUAGCCCUAAAGAAACUUUGAUGUCGCUAGAAUUCUUCUGUAAGUUACUGUUAGGAAAAAAGGAAUUGCGCGGCAGUUGCUCUGAACAGUUUUCAGAGCAACAUGCAUGCUCCCCCGGGAAAAUUUGAAAUUGAAUUCUUCUGAAAUGGCUAGAAAUGGAUCUAAAACUGCCAAAAGUGAAGUUAAUUUUUAAUUCUUAUAAAACAACGAGUAACAAAGUGGCCUUCACGUUUGACCAAAUUUAAAUGAAUAGUCUAACUUCUAAGCUAAACCCAACAGACGCAACGGAUGAGUGUCACCCUGACAGUUUUAAGUCGAAUUCUUUGAAGGUGCCAAAGUUGCUUUUUCGAUUUUCAUUGAGAGCUGCAAACUCAUUUGCAACAUCUAUAAGACAAAGUUUGUCUGUUCUCUGCUGGUGGGUAUUAAGUAUUGUCAGUUUGCUAAAUCUUGUUUGUGUCAUCGUCGAGCGUAGCCACGUUUUCAGUCUCCGAGCAGAAGAAAAGGAACUCUCGCCUGCUGCACUGAUUGCUGGAUUUACAAGAAGAAGUUUACAUAGGGUUAUGAUUUCAGUUAUCAUACACGUUUCGGCGUCAGAAAGCUGCUUGAUCUUGGCUAAAAUGUCAUCAAAACUGGUAAAUUCUCCGUCCUUCAUCAACACCUUAAAUAUUUCCAGUUGAGCGUUCAAUGUUCUAACAUCAACAGCCAAAAAAGUGGGGGCCCCCUCAGCCCCACACCCUGCGCGGUCCCUGUUCUUGCAUCAUUUCUCACUUGUUUUAUGGGCCGUCUUGUAUGAAAUGCAACUUAUAGGGAGCUAUAUUCUUUAAAAUACACUCUUGGUAAAACUUAUCAUUGUGUUAAGUUUAUUUUCCCUUCGUUUCUUGUACACAAUAAGCAAGUUAUGGGGGCUUUUUAAACAUUUCUCACCUAAAUGACAGUAAAAGAUUAAUUAAAACUCAUUCCUUUUUUGUUAAUUCUGAGUUGAGAAAUGUUGAAAUUUGUACAUAUUUCCUGGAAAGCGCGAAAAAAAUGCCAGUUUAGGGGAAAUGGGAUCACACUGACUAUAUUUUCGCCUUGAUCGGGGUAAGAAUUUCGCAUAAUACGUUUGAAAAUCACUUUUCUUUAGCGAGAAUUGAGAAAUUAAACGAGACUUACCUGUAAGUUGAAGUUUGAUUGGAAUUCUAUCGAGUCAUCAAACUGCACCAAGGGAUCACAUGAGAUAGCUAGACGCAUGCGCAUAAUCAGUAUUCACAGCUGAAUGUGAGUGUCUUACAAACAGACACCCAUAAAAGGGGGUAAUAUCAGAAAGCCAACCGAAGUAAAACCUCAGUAGGACAAAGGGUGGGUACGACAAAAUCAACCAUGACUGGUUGUACAAAGGGUGGGCAUGUGAUCCCUUGGUGCAGUUUGAUGACUCGAUAGAAUUCCAAUCAAACUUCAACUUACAGGUAAGUCUCGUUUAAUUUCUCAAUUCUAUCUCGUCAUCACUGCCCCAUGGAUCCCAUGAGACUUUAAACCAAGACAGUCACAUGAAGAAAAAACCCAAAGUCCAACUGCAAGGUGUUUAAUGCAUAAACAACCCUAUACAGUACUAACAGUAACACAGACUGUAGCCCAUAAAAAUAAAGAACAAAAAACGCUUACAAAUAAUGCUAUAUGAACACACUGAGUAAUAGAAACAACAGUGCUGAAGCACAAUAACCCUGAAAAAACCUCUAAGUUGUAGGAACUAAUCAACGUUAUAGGGAAUCACUAAACAGUAGCAACAGGGCAGAGAAGCAAAGGCCCUAGUCCUUGUUCUAAUCAGUCUGAAGCACUGCAGAAGCAAAAGUGGAGGUACCGACUGGCUUAUUGUAGAAACGGUCAAAACACCUUGAGGACGACCAUCUAGCUGUACGCAGGAUUUCAUCAAUGGGGACAUUUGAAGCUUUGGCUUUCGACGUAGCUGCAGCUCUUGUACUGUGUGGUUUGAAUGCACUGGUGUCAACACCAGACGACUCCAUUAUCAAACGAAUCCAUCUAGAAAUAGUUUCCCUGGAAACAGGUUUGUACGGUUUGAUGAAGCUGAUAAAAAGUUUACUUUCCGCUCCCCUUAGUGGCUGGGUUCGCUUAAGAUAUUCUGCCAAGCAAGUAGACACACAGAGUGACAAAUCAGCAGGAUAAGCUUGCAGGAGAACAGAUGGAGCUCGGUAACCAGGCCUACUUUGUUUGACAUGUUCCAUGAACAAGAAUUCAAAUCCAUUAGUCACUUAUUUCAUGCAACCAAUGUAAACAUUGUCCCCUUUGUGCAGAGACCAGGGCUAUCAGCAUAACCAGCUUUAGAGUGAGUAAUUUUAAAUCAAGCUUCUCUGGAGGGUGAAGGGAGGAAAGAUAAGUUAGGACAGGCUUUACAUCCCAGGUUGACCGGUAGCGUGGAGUUGGCGGAGAAUCCUUGUAAACACCCUUCAUAAACCUGGAAACAAGUGGGUGACUGCCCACAGUCAUGUUACUCUUGGGUAUAAUAACUGCUGAUAUGGCACUCCUGGCAGUAUUGAUGGUGGUGUAAGUCAAUCCCUUUUCAUGGAGGCGAACGAGGAAUUCUAAAACAGCGGUUACAGGUGGAUCAUAGGGAUCAGUCUUCCAUUUACUACAAAAGUCCAUCCACUGUUUGAUGUAUGGUUUGUACUGUUUUUGUGUUCCGUCAGACCAGGACUUGAGGAUGAUUGCUGUAGCCUUGCCUGAAACAUUUCUCUGCUGGAGACUUUCCCGGAGAGCAUGGAAGCCAUCAGUCUCAACUGUCGUCGAAGAGGAUGUAAGGCAUGGUUGUGUGGUUGUGUCAACAGAUGAGUCGACUGGGGGAGAAGAACAGGAUUGUCUAGUAACAGGUGAAGGAGAGGGGUGAACCAAGGUUGUGUCUGCCAAACAGGAACGAGAAGGACACCAGUUGCUUGAUCUUGCUCUAUUUUCUGUCGGCAGGCUGCUAUAACACUAAAAGGGGGGAAAGCAUAGAAAUAGUACUCCUUCCAACUCAUGAAAAAUGUAUUGACAUAUUGAGCACCAGGGUCAGGUUUCCAUGACACAUAACUAGGAACUGUAAAAUUAAGUCUGGAUGCAAACAUGUCGAUUUGAAAAGGGCGCCACAGUUUAUCCAAGUCUGAAAAGACGUCCAUGUUUAAAGACCAUUCAGUUGAAUUGUUAAUUUUCCUAGAUUCAGUGUCAGCAUCUACAUUGGUAGAGCUGGGUAUGUGGCAAGCACUGAUCCAGAUGUCUCUUUCUCUACACCACAGCCAAAUGUCCUUAGACAAACUGUCACACUCUGCAGAUUUGAUACCCCCCAUGUUAUUAACAUUUGCCACUGUGGUUGUAUUGUCAGACUGAAUUCUUAUGUGUUUGCCAUGAACAUGGCCAAGAAGUGAUUUCAACCCCAGCAGAACUGCUUUCAGUUCCAAGUAGUUAAUGUGAAAAGCUUGUUCCUCUACAUUCCAAAGACCACCAGUUUUGUGAGCCCCAUAUACUGCACCCCAACCGCUAAUACAGGCAUCUGUUGUAAGAGUCAGGUCAGGGUCUCCCUGGAAAAUAGGUUUAAAGGAAGAGUCUACAUUGUUCACCCACCAAGCUAUCUCUGAUCUAGAUUCAUUUGAAAGAUACAUUUGUGCAUCAUAAUUGCCCCUACUUUCCUGCAGAGCAAGAAUUUUAUUCCUUUCUAGGCCCUAUAGUAUAGUUCCCCAAACUGAAAGGCAGGGAAACUAGAAACCAUCAACCCUAUAACUUGUGCCACUUCUCUAAUAGUCAUUUUACUUUUGUCCAGUAAACUCUGGCAAGCUAGCCGUACACGUUCCGCUUUAACGGGUGGGAGUCGGAUUGUCAUGUUUACACUAUUCAGCAAGAAGCCAAGAAAUUCCAUUUCUUGUGUUGGAAUCAGGACUGACUUUUCUGUGUGAACCACAAACCCCAGAUUAAGGAAGGUAUCAACAGUGUCCUGUAUAUUAGUGGCACAGGCAGUAUAAUUAUAUCCCAAGAGAAAUGAAUCAUCUAUAUGCCCCAUACAGAUAUUACCCAAAGAUCUGAGAUGAGAGUAGACUGGUUUUAAUAUUUUUGUGAAUAGGCGAGGAGCACAAGCCAGGCCAUUGGGCAAACAGGUAUAUUGAAAAUAGCUACCUUGCCACUCAAAUUUCAAGUAUUUCCUAUCCUCUAGUGCAAUAGGAACAGAAUAAUAGGCGUCCUUAAGGUCUACCGAUGCCAUAAAGCACCCGGGACGCAUGAGUUUGAGGGCUGUCUGAAUCGUAUCCAUUUUAAAAUGGUAAUAGGAUACAAAUUCGUUGAGUUGUUUAAGAUUUAAAAUCAUUCUAAUUUUCCUUGGGACGCACAAAAAUGGUAGAGAUAAAGUCACCCUGGACACGGUCUAUUUGUUCAAUAACUCCUUUAUCGAGGAGCUUGGUGAUUUCCUCAGUAAUGAUCUCCCUUUCAGAAGGAGAAAAUGGCAUUUGUUUUGGCUGGUAAACCUGAGAAGGAGAAACAUCCCCAAAGUCGAUGUGAUAGUGCUUUAUAGCAUCUAAUAUGACAGGGUCAGUAGUCAGUGACUUCCAACCUUCAACAUGGUCUUGUAACCCUCCAACCGAGAAAUUAGCAACCCUUUGAGACAGAUUUGCUUUAUCAAUGGGUAGUUUUCUCUUACCUCUGUUUCUACUGGGUUUUGUUGGUGGGUUGACUUGGCUUUUUCUGGGCACUCUUCUGUGCCCGGCUGUAGCCUAAAAAAGGACGCUGCUGAGAAGUUUUCUGACGGGAUGGUCUGUCAUAAGGUUUAAAGUUUGGACGGCGAAAUUUCUGCCGUCCUGCCUUGAAAUAGCCUUGACUUGCCGUUCAAGUUUCAGAAGUUUUCUGCAUUUGUCGGCCAACUUUCUUUGCCUCAGCCAUAUCCUUCAGAUGUUUGGAUAAAUCAUCUCCAAACAAUUUUGUUGAAGGUUUAAUUUCAAUCUUUACACAGCCUGGUGUAUGGAGGGUUAAGUUCCGGUUUUAUCAACCCUCGCCGUGCCAUAUUGAGUUUAAAAUUGGCAUUAGCUAGAAGAGCAAUGCUAUCCAUCACGUGAUCCAAGAUUUAACGUGUAUUUAAUGUUUUGCCAGCGUUCAGGUCCUUUACCAACUGGUCUCCUAAAAUAAACAGGGCUGACAAACCCUGAACAAGCGGUUCUUGAACUCGCUGGAAAGCUAGGUCAACCGUUCUGCUGCGUCGUGGCAGCAAAUCCCAAAUUUCUUCGUUGACGGUGGUGGUGGACAGGAAUUUACAAUUUUCUGGAGGAGGAUAUUUUUCAACUCGUUCUUUGAUUGUGUUUGGUGAGAGACCUCCAGUAACCAUGUUGUCAAUUAAACCAGCAUUUUUUUCUGCUAUCGCAGGAGAUUUCUCUUUGGUUUGCACAAAUGCCUGAGUCAGGCUUUCCAAAAUGUCAUCCUGCGACCCUGAGUCAGGGCAUGAUGCAGGUUUCGCCGCCACGGUCGUACUGGUAUGCGUGUCGCUCGGGUCGAGCACAUCAGUUAAGGCGGCGUUGAGGUCAACGCUGUCAUUUAGGCUCUGAACGGCCUCUCCAUCCUCGUCUGAGUCAGUACCAAGGAGAAGGUCUUCCUUGAGAGUAGCCAGCAUUGCUGUUUGUGUCUCUGAAGCCUUGGCAAGUUGUGCCAAGGUGGAAGUUAAUCCUUCGAGGACUGACAUGUUCGUGUCCUGAGAAUCUUCUAUGCCCUUGCUCCUUGUAUCGGACGCCAGAUCCGCUCCAUCCAUGUCGUGUUAGUGAUUCAACCCAAGAAAUAGGUUCAAAUUUGCAUAAAGAUGACAAAAGAAAUAAUUUUCUUUCGCGUAUCGAAACCUCGUGAGAAUACCGAGUAAGCGCGCGAAAAACACUGAUUAUGCGCAUGCGUCUAGCUAUCUCAUGGGAUCCCUAGGGCAGUGAUGACGAGAUAGAAAUGUUACUGAGAAAUGUGUCAGUGUCUCAACGCGGUUGCGCCCAUAACCAACGACUAUACGUUAUGACAUGUACCAUUCUUUGCCUUGAAUUUUCCAAGGAUUCUACCUCUAAACUCAAUUGAUGAUCAAGUCGUUAUUGUACCGAAAUCACUAAACUGCUAGCACUCCUAAGAAAAACGAUCAUUUGUAUUUGAAUUUUUGAAUAGAUCGUCAGUGUGACCUUUCCGAGCGUCCCGUUUGGUCAUGUGACCUGCCCUAAUCAGUUUAAAUAAGGCGAUAACAACUGAAAUCAACUUCUUUUACUAAAUUGUAGCACUAUCUUUUCAAGUCGGAGUUCACUGUAAAACAACGUAAAUAACAUGAAAACACUUUUUCGUACUUUUCCCCACAAAUAGACCCCCAAACCAUCUCACACAUUUGCGUAUACUACUGUUGCAGUUAUAAAACCUUCCAAAAUAACGCAUAACUUAAGCAGAAAGUACAGACAUGGACUUUUGGGCAGUUAAUAUGAAAAAAGGAACAAUUUGAGAACACGGAAAAUAGUAUAAGUCUGUAUUUUUAUUUUAAACCCAUUUUCAGACAACGUUGUAGAUGUGGCCCUCUCCUUUCCAUUCUUCAUUCUUUCUUCUUUUUGUGACAAACUUAUCUAAAGUAAUGAUCUUUACUGUGCUUUAUCACAUAUUGUAAACUUUUUAUGACUCAAGCUCUAACGUUUGUCUCUAAUUUAUCUUGUACUAUUUAUAAUGGAUGGAAAAAAUAAAAUGAAAUGAAAUAAAAUGAAAUAAAUAUCUAGGGUUGCCACAGGACUGAAAGAAAUUAGACAAUUUAUAGCGGAGCUCCACAGCUAAGGAAAUGUGGUAAUCUACCAUCCGAGAAAAUUGGGUAAUCACGUGACCGUAAACCGAGCGAGCGAGCGACCGUCCGUCCGCACCACAGGCAUACCAAUGUACAAUAACUCAAUCAACAGCUAUGGCAACCCAAAUGCAACUCAAGGUUUUAUUUGGAAGGAAAUCACAUGGCCGCCCGGACUUUUAGACAGAAAAAAAAAAAACACAGUCGUGUCUUUUUCGGCGUUAUUUUUUAUGUUUGCACUAACGUGGAUAACAGAGAAAGAGCUGGAGCGACUUAUUGAAAAUAAAGGCGACGAAUUUCGUAGGAAGAAAAACAUGGAAAUUCAAAGCGGCGGUGAGAAAAUGAGAAAUGCUAGCGGCCAGCGAGGUGAAAAUGAGCGGCAGUGAAAAAUAAAAGCGAACACGAACACAGGAAACAAAAUAUUGGGUAAGCACAUACGACAAUUCCUCCAUAAAAAUAAUGUGCAACUAAGAAGUUUGACGUUUUAGCCGUACAAAACAGCGUUGUAGUCGUGCAAAAGAACGGCAAGGGAAAGACAAAAAAGCGUGCUAGUUUGCUAGUUAGAUCUAUUAGUCUUGAGGCCAUUUUCAUUGUCGUCCCCGUUUAGCAUUACACGAUUUUUUUUUACACGUAUUAUUAACCAGAGCUUCGCUUUUAGCCCUGGCUAAAUCUAUAUAUUACUACCAGCCGACGAUACGAAUACUCAGGACCAAACAAUUACCAUCUCUGAAACCCGUUCGAAAACGUGUACGUCUUAUUUUAGCCGAGGUAGCUCAUCAAGUCUUCUUUACCCUCUGACCACUACAUUAACUCACGGAUCGAAUGCAAGGUUCAUGAGGGUUGUCCUUAUGUAGGAAUCGUUCAAAGCUUGGGCUUGUCUGUUGAUUUCAGUGAACUCGGUAUAUCCUCAGUAGGUAUCUUUCCGUUUUGUCUUGCAGAAAUUAAUGAAUGUUUCAACAAUCCAUGUCGUAAUGGUGGUACAUGCAUAGAUCUUGUGAAUGGUUUUGCGUGCAGAUGUCCUGUUGAGUUUGCAGGAUCAUGGUGUGAGAAAGGUGAGCGUUAUAAUCGAUCGUUUGCCAGUACGGUCUAACAAUCACGUUUUUAUUUUGAAUUAUUUUGAACUUCAAGUAAAUGAUUUCCAACCCCAUAUUGGAGAAAUGGGGUUAUUGGGCUCUCCUCAGGUCUAUGUGGAACCUCACUUUUCAUCUUUUUUCAUCGCCGUUUUAUGGGCGAGGGCUACCUGCUAAAAAUGUGACAUCUGCUUCUAAUUUCCAAUCUGUUCCUCAUACGUUUAAUUGACAAUCUGCUUCAAUGUUUGGUUUUCCAGAAACUGGAUUCUUUUUGGUUGUGUGGCUAAACCUGAAGAACAUGACAUUCACCUUUCCUCUUGCAAAUCAAAGUUCCACUCAGUAUCAAAAGACAGAAAAGGAAGUCCUCGAUGCGGUAUGAGUAAAAAUGAUCUUAAUCACAGAACAUUGAUAUAAGCACUUCCACUACUUCCCUCGUGUUAGUGGAACAAACUUUCUCCAUCUAGCAGUCCGGUUGUUUGUGACCGAUCGUUGUUUUGGCAAGAAAUAGUACCUGAAUCGCUUUUGUCAAUACCAGUAUUAUUAACAUCAACAUUGGUCGGACCAUUAAUGCAUUUAAAAAUGCCACAGUCAUUCUUUUUCAGUAUAUACUUAUUCCUUUGUUCUCCCGUUGCAUGGUCAGUUAAGCUGAGGCACUCCCACCAACUCUACCCAAAGUCCAUUUUUUGGCUCGUAAACUUCCUGCAUUUUAUUUCUGUGAACAGAUAGACAACAUGCUGAUUACAGAAAAAGGUCAUUUCUUUGGUCCCGCUUUAAGGAUGUUCAGGUGGGUAUGCCAUGCUUGAUGUGUUAACAAGUUUUAACCACGUAAAUGAUGGGUUUGUGGGAAGGAGAAACUGAAAAAUUGUACAAAAUUGUGUUGUUCCAAAGAGGCAACUAUUAAAAGCGUGGUACAAUGUUUUCCUUGCAAUUUUGUGUUUAUAAUUGGUGUUCUUUUUGCGUUAACAGUAAGGCUAUAGAGAUUGAGUGGGUUGCUGAUAGUAAGGGUUAAUGGGUAUGCUAUAGCUAGGAUUUAUCAUCUUUUGCGUGGAAGCGGCUUUUUGUAACCAUUAUUCCUUCGAUUGAGAUAUUUUGCAUUUUAGUUUGUGUUUUUAUUGUUAUUGUUUCGUACCAGUCCAUCAGGCACUCGUUCAGUGACGGCUGAAAUCCUUCUCAGUACUACGAGGAACAGCACAAAUCACAUGAUUAGUGUUAUCACUCAGAAACUUAAGACUCAUGUGGGCAUUUUUGAUAAGACGUCCAAGUCUUUUGAAAACAGAGGUAGGCAAAGAACAUUGUUCUUUACACAGCCAUUAUUUCUCCCUUUCAGAGAAAUCAGAAGAAUUUCCCAUUUCUAAUUUAAAACACCGAAACAGUUUAAAAGUUACAACUCAGUAAGAAAGUCAGAAGGGUCUUUAGACUCAAAACCAUUCUUCCUCAUUCUUCCUUGCUUUAUCUAUGUUUUCAGAUACAUCAACUACGUGAUCCUUGUCUUGAAUUAAAAAUUUGGAAAAUUUGCGACUGAACGCACCAAAGAAGACACUUAUUCUGGACUUAUGCUAUUACCAACGUUCGUCAUUGACAAUUUCCUUUUUUGUAGGCAAUCCCUCUUGCAGUCCUCCCAACAUUACGAUGUCACUUUCCAAGGACUUUGCAAAACCAACUAAAAUGAAAAGAUCAGAAAAUUUCAAAUUUCAAGUGGAUUUCGAAGUCGAUUGUAGGGUUUCCGGUGUUAUUCCAGUAACAUAUAACAUUGAAAGGUACAGCAUUGACUCUAAUUCUGGAUCGUAUCAAGGAAAAGUGUUCAGAAUAGGCACCACUGUGGGGGACUUAAAUGUAACCAUUAUUGGUAAGAGUUUCGAUUACGGACUUUACUACAUCAAGCUUACGGGAUCCAUUGAAGGAAAGGACGAAACCAGGGUUAAUAGCUUUGGUUAUGUAGAAGUGACAUCCACAGCGUUAGUUGCUAACAUAACUGGUGCCACCCAAGCAUCUCAAGGUAUUAAUAAAAUAGUCACCCUUAAUGGCUCACAGUCACAUGAUCCGGAUGUAGGGAAAGGAGAUUACUCGGGGAUAAUUUUCACUUGGCUCUGUAGAAGAGAUUAUGAGCUGUUUCCUAAUGACACUGCCUCACUUCCAGUCGUCCGUCCUUCUUCCGGGUCAACUAAAGUUUCACCUGACCAAGGUGGCUGCUAUGGCACCGGGGUAGGAAAGCUUGAAUCAAGACCUGUAGCUCCGUACAUUGUUGAUCUUGAUAUCGAUAAGAUGAAGGGAGAUCAAGGUUACAUUAUAGUGCUGGUCAUGACUAAGAGGGGACUUACAAUCACCGCUGCUCAUCAUCUUCGACUUAAAGAGGAGAUUCACUUGCAGAUAUUGUGAGUAGCAUAAGCAGUAUUUAUUAAAGCGAAUUUCAUCACGAGUUCCUUUUAUCUCCAAAAAGUAAUCCGUGUUCCCUCUAUUUGUGACUUUCUUUUAAUGGCGUCCAUACCGGCGAAAAAUGGACUGUGAAAGAGGACUGCUAAUAAAAUUAUGCAUAAUGAUUUAAAAAUGAGAAAGCUUUGCUUUCUCAUUUAUAUUUAUCUAGAGUAGAAACGCUUUAGCACGAAUAGUAGCUUCCAUUCUCUGUUAACAAUGUCGGUGUAAGCGUCGCCGUCAUCGUUUAGUAUAAAACAGUAAUCUUUGUCACAGGAACUAUCAUGCACUGCUAGAUUCUUCAGCUAAUCCCUUUUUCAACCCAUUAAUUUCCAAUUUACAAUCAGAUUUAAACGCUUGCGUUUCAGUAUGGCUUACAAUUUACCAGAUUCACUUGGUGAAGUAUAUAAUCUCUGUUACGUUAUUUAUGUUACUUUAUAAUUGAUAUUAUUAUAAUAAAAGUGUUUACUUUGUUGUACACAGCUGUGUUCAAAAUUGCCAAGGUCAUGUUAUCCUGUCAUCUCGGCUCAUCCUGGAAACUAAUUGUACAGGCUUGCUGUGUCAUCAACUCUCUGUUUACACUUGGACGAUGAAAUUUCGCAACACACAUAAUCAAGAAUGGCAGGAAGUGACCAACCUUGAUGACCUAAUACUUACGUACGGAAAUUCUCCCAACUUGGUAACAAGGCAGGGAAAAUUACGUGGAAACUCCACCUACCUUGUUACAGUGACAGGAGUGACUUCUAAAGGACACAGUUCUUCUGCAACAUUCUCUUUCGUUACAAAUACUCCCCCGACGGGAGGGACAUGCAAAGUUGAUAAACCUGAGGGAAAAGCAUGGGAAACAAAUUUUGUGUUUACAUGCACUGGCUGGCAUGACGUGGAUUUACCGCUGACAUAUAAAUUUCGCUAUAACAGCAGUGAUGGCAUUGAAAUGGUUUUCAUGUCGGGUACUUCCCACGAGGCUACAGGGAAGUUGCCAGUUGGGGAUCCAAGUGAGAAUUAUAAACUUCAAGUGUGCGUUCUUGUUAUUGAUGCACUGGGAUCUUCAGUUGACAUUUGGAUUAGUGUAAGGGUAAGUAUGAGGAACAUUGGGACGGGUUCGAAUAUUAGGAGUUGUGCCUUUCGCUUUGAGAGAUGACAAAGAAAUUUUUUCUUGAAAAGAGACAUAAAGGGCAAAUUAUUAUGGGGACAAAAAGGCUAUCUAAUUAUACCACCAUUUCUGUUUUUAAAAAGCUGUUUUAAUAUUUCAGUGUAUGUUGAUGACUUAAAUGGAUGACUGUUUGCUGACCAACUUUACCUCUCCUAAGGUUAUUGAGCCAGUGGUGACAAUUCAAACGCUGGAGGAUGACGUAUCAUUGGAAGGACCAAUGAACCAAUACCUGAAGGACAACAACAUCGAGAUGGCGGCUCAAAGGGCUACUGCUGUUUUAUCAGUUGUGAAUCAUGCUCAGCAAAAAGAGCUCAGACUCCGCGAUAAAAUUAUGGUAAGAUUAGGCUUUCUCAAUCGCGUGUAUGAUUCCAAAUAAAUUAUUAUUACACAGUGGAGUCCCUCCUUACGACCACCCCGUUUUAUACGACCGCCUAGUUAUACAACGACCAGGAUUUUAUGGCCCAACGGUGGCAUGGUCACAUUAUCGGCGUUUCAUUGUAUUGGUCUGCAAGAUGGCGUCCGAUUGACUGGCGUUUAUCAGCCAUUAUUGCUCUUGGGUUAAUCUAGAAAAAAAAAAAAACCAGGAAUAAUCCGUUUUAGUAUAUACUGAAACAGGUGGAUAGUGUUUUUGGCGCGCUCUGAUUGGCUACUCAAUCAGUGAAUAUCCUGCACUAUUCACUGAUUCACCUCCAGUUCCUCUGAGCGAGCGACUCCAAACUCGCGUAAGCUGCGAGCAAAAUGCCUUCCCGGUUUGCUGCCGUAACAAACAAAGAAAUUUCACAACUAAUCAAGCAAGCUGUUCCUGAAAAACACGAAGAAGGUGAGGAAGUUCGGUUUGGAAGUUUUAACAGGUAAAGCUUUGUCUUUAUGACUUGAAUUCAUCAAUGAAACCGGUGAAAAAAGUUUUUUGUUUACAAAUGCAAAUUAAGCUUAAGUCUUGCGUUAUUUUAUUUAGUUGACUUGUUCAUAAAUACGCUUAAAACUAAAUUUAAUAAUCUUUAUUACAGAAUGAUUUUAAUUACAAAAACAAAUCACAACUCCUUUUGAAGAAAUUUUCCUGCAAGAGCUAAACAAAUGCCUUCAAAAGUUUUAUUUGUCGGCAAGAAAAGUCGACGGCCGCGGCCGUUCGGUCAUUGCGCGCCAAAAUUGUCAUCUUUGGCAACCGUAAAUGAGUUAAAAAUCAUCAUUUUUGUGCUUAAUUGUCCCACUGUUUUAGUAUAUAUAACAAUUAUUCACCGACACUGAGGUGAAUAAUUGUUUUAGUGUAUACUUAAACAGUGAGAUAAUUGAGCACAAAAAUGAUGAUUUUUAACUCAAAUACUGUUGCCAACGAUUACAAUUUUGGCGCGUAAUGACCGAACGGCCGCGGCCGUCGCUUUUUCUUGCCGACAAAUAAAUUAAACUUUUGAAGGCAUUUGUGUAGCUCUUGCGGGGGAAAUUUGUUCAGAAGGAGUUGUGAACUUUUCGUAUUUAAAAUGAUUCUGUAAACAGAGAUUAUUAAAUUUAGUUUUAAGCUUAUUUAUAAACAGGUCAACUAAAUAAUUAACAAUUAUUCCUGGAGCCCAAAUGGGCUCUGAGGCAAUAGCCCAUAAGGCCUAAGGCCGAAUCGGCUAUUGACUCAGAGGCCAUUAGGGCGAGAGGAAUAAUUGUUCUAGUAAAAUUUAACUAGUUGGUUAAAAUAUCGAGAAUUAAAAAUUUUUAGCUGGUUAAAAGCUAGACUUUACGCUCUUUUGCCCCCCAAAGCCCGCGGUUUUCGCUAAUAGGGGCUAUAACAUAUAGCCUAGUAGUAGCUCAACUAAUCAGAACGCAGCGUUGAUAAUAGACCACUAGAUGGAUUUUACUAAAGUAUAUUAUUUGAUCCCCAAAACAUUCUUGUUUUCGAUAAAAGAUUAAUUCCUGAAUAGUUUAGACUGUAGUCUUAUUCCUGAAAAGGAUCACUCGAACGCGAUCUAAAGGUGGUUACCUCUGCUCUCCCCUUCAUAAGUGUAUCUCUAACCCGGUGUAAUUUUACUGUCAAUAACUCGAGCAACCUUCAUUGUGAAUAUCAAGAAAGAAUUAGCUCCUAUGAAUUUAUCCUAUGUAGGGCAGAGGGUGUUUUUGUUAGUGAGGAAAAAAGUUUAUGACGUGAGACCGGAGCUCUAACAUAAUCCUUAAUAUAUAGAUUUAGCCAGGGCUAAAAGCGAAGCUCCUAUUAACUCGAAUUUAUAAUUUAAAUCAAACAAUAAACUUGUAAUUUCCACAAAUCGGUUAACUUUAGAGCCCAUUCAUGUGACUGUUGAGGGAAAGGCUAAGUGAUUUUAGAGAAAAAUAAUUUUCAAACAGUCCAAGCUAAGAGUGAACUUAAUCUUUCAUCGAGUUGAUAGCCUUAUAUGUACACCCUAAAAAUAGCAUAGCCAUAAUGGCUCUUGAUCACAGUAGAUUACGCCUGGAAAACAAACUCUUGGAAAACAAAUUAGGCCGAAUUUUUUGCGUUCGACAAGUUUACUUUACAAAAUCUUGCCAACAAGUCUGGGGACGUGUAAACCAACCCUUUAUACUUUUUAUACAUCACAUCUGAGGUGAAACAGUACCAUGAGGCGCUGUUUUUACCAUACAGACCUCGGACAGAAUGCAGUAUUUCACAAUUUUGCAUUACAAACUGCACUCAUUCAAUGUUUAGGACGAUGGAAGCACGCGUGGGCUAAGCGAAACCGUUAAAAAAUGCCGGCGUGUUCUCACUUUUGACAAGCGCCAAAGUCGACUGUUUAAAUUAAGAUUAAUAGAGUUAUACGCUUCAACAUAAUAAAGAAUUUAUUAUGUUUAUUUUUUAUCUAAUGGUUUUAUAACGAUGUGUAAUCUUCAAAAGAGUUUGAUACGUGUCGUUUUGACGACUCCUGCAAGCGAUUUUCAUGAGCGACUGAAAACAAACGGCACAGCGAUUAAAAUUGCAAACAGACUACUAACAAUCAAUAAUAAAAGGAAAAUAAUUCGGUGAAACAUAUAAAGAGACAACAAUUUUCAUUCACGAAGACAAGUAUUAAAGUGUCUCUGAAAAUCCUUGUUUAUUGUUUAUGUUUUAAGCCGGCGUCCCGGUGUUUGCUUUUUUUAAAGAUGAACUCGAGGCAAGAAAAUCGCUCAAAGCUUUCUUUUACAGCCAGAAUUAUAACUUUGGAACGUUUUCUUUCUAUUUGCGAUGAGAAAAUGUCUGAAGGUUUUUAAAGUUCUACAAGCUUAUAAUCAAACCUGAUACUCGGUCAGAUCAUUGUCUCAAAUAUUACACACGUGCAUAAACUGAAUAGCCCCAUAAACUACACUCGACUUCAUUGAAUAAGAUAUAAAAGACAAACAUCAAAUAAAAUAAUUACUCGGGCUUACCUUUCGAGAUGCACUGAAAACUAUCAAGUAAGGCAAAAAUCGCUUCAGACUUUUCAACCCUCUUACGCAUCAAGCAAGGUGAAAAACGAAAACGAUGCCAUCCGAAAUCGGAUUUCCGACUUUGACAAGCGACGUAUUUCUCAGCAAAAACCCGAUAAACAAACUGGCCAUGAAUAACAGAAGACUCUUGAUAGCAGCUGAAUUUCAUUUUGUACAAUGUUCAGUGGAAAAAGACAGUUAAAAACAUCAAAAGUUGACACAAACCUCUGUCAGCUUCAGCUGUCAAAGUAAACAAGUUUCAAGUUUCAAAAUUUUCCGUAUGAACUCACCUGUCAAAUUUUGACCAAUCAGAGCAUAUAAAUUGGACGUAGGGCGUGACCAACGCGUGACCUUGGUGAGAAAAGUCAAAAGCAACUGGCAUGUCUUCCCUGCUUGUAAAAACUGGCUGAAUCUUAGCUUCCAAGGUCAGUUUAAAAUCAAAAUUUUAAUUGUGCGGCACAUAUAAAACACAACAUAUUUCAUAUGAAUUUAAAAAAUUAAACUUGAGCGUGCAAUCAUUUGAAAACUAGUAACUUGUCAGCGGAUAACUUCAAAAAUACUCAACCUCGAUGGGUCGACACCUGAGCCCGUGAUACGGUCAGGUGAUACUGGUCAGCGGAUACCCUGUUUUGACAGCUGUCAAUUGAUCACAACAUUGGUGUGCAAUAUGUGUGCAAUAUCAGUCUUCCUGUGCUCCCAAACUAGCUAGAAAGUAUGGGAUUGAACAUUGGUUUCCCUGUGGUGCGGACGGACGGGCAGCGGGUGGGCGGUGUACGGUCACGUGAUUACCAAAUUUUCUGGGAUGGGUAGAUUUACUUACCCAUGGUGCUUCGCAGGCGCGCUUCGCGCGCCAGAGCUCCGCUACUAUAAUUGCUUUUAUUUCCUUAGAUCAAGGAUUCAAUUGUCAAUUCAUGGUCGACGGUUAACGUUUCCAGCCUACAAGAAGUAUCGCAAGUGUCAGCGGUUGUUGCCAGUGUGGCGGACAGAAGAAACGAAGUCUCAAUUGAUUCCCAGGUAAAUUUACAAGGAAAAGAGAGAAUCACAAUCCACAUACAUUUCAGGGCAAAAUUAAUAAGAAAUUUCAUGAGAUGAAAGAGGUGUAAGAUCAGGAGCCCAUCAAAUGGAGCCUCCAUCUCCAUUAAUUUCUUGAGUCAACCCUUUCCCGAGUAGAUUUAUAAAUAGAACGGCUUGUUUCCCGCGUCAUAUUUCCGUGAGUCUCGUAUGUCGCCGUGAAAAAAAAAUCAAGUUGGAUGAAGUCGUACUCAGAGGCCCGUCCUUCGACCGUUUUCCUUUUUUACUAUACGUCCAUUUUUACAGUUUUACAGCCGCUGGGAUCUGGGAUGAAGUAAAAGUUAAUGAAUUACCCGAGUGAGACUGAGCAUGAAGCGAUGGGACAAAGGCAGCGAACUGAGGAUCACGGAAAGGUUCUUUGCGAGUGUUUGUUUUUGUUUUGUUUUUUUUGCCGUCAUACAUCCCACAUUUAAGCAUGCACCUUGAAAAGAGUCGACGAUUAAGCGUUCUGUCGACGAUUUGAAACUUCUCGAUGAUCAGCGCCGAAAAAGUGCCAGGAUCAUUUAUUUUUGUCAUCGCCGUGGAGUGGAUUUCGCCAGUUAACAGCAGUUAAGCACCGUGUGCAAAAGCGAUGACCUAAGUAGCAACUAAGGAGGAAUGCUUCAGAAAAAUUGCAGUCUUCCUUUACAACUGACUUGUAUCACCAUGAGAGUUGCCUGAUAAAACUGGCACUUGAAAAGUUGAACAGAAGACAACAGUUGCUCGACCAUGAAGCUAACUCAAAAGUAAUUUGCUAACGGUGGAAUUUGUGACAUCGCGCUCCAGUCCAAAGACCCUCUUAUCUCAAGAAAAACAAAAUGGAUUGUAUCUGCGCCCAAAGAAUUAUGACUGACCAACAGGAGAAUUCUCAGCAAUUAAUGUAGAAGUUUAGGCCAAUUCUUUCCUUCGAAUUCGCAUCUGUAGAUCACUUUUUUGCGAGAAAACAAUGGCUGGGCUCGGCGUUACAAAACAUAGCAGGGAAUCAUCACACUAACUGACGGACAAAACAACCACAGUAUUUAUUCAGACAAACGCAUUUCGGAUAAAAACUUGAAAAACUAGAAAUUUCAUUAAUAUUGAGUCAUUUAGCCGAAAUAAGAACCUUAACGCUCAAAAAAAUUGGCUAAAGAAAACGAAUCCUGUCAGAACUACAGACUGCAGGUAGUAGUUAAUCCUUACGCAUGUAACAGACCAGCUUCACGGCCUCUUAUAAAUUAAUGUGAGACAAGCAACCAAAAUUAAGAUUAACAUAGUCAGAGUUUAAAACUCUCCACAGUAUAAUCUACCCGCUAGAAAGAAAAGAAAGAAAAUCUCUGAGGGAUGAAAACGCUAAAGUCACGUUUCACUAGCUUAUGAUUUUGUUUGGCCUGUCAGCACCGGAUUUCCUGCUGUUUCAUGAAGUACAAUAGCAGUGUCAUUUAGUCGUUGUGAUUGGCUCUUCCCACCGUCGGCGCGCGAAGUCUCCCCUGGGAACCGUUCUAAUUAUAAAUCUACUCGGGAAAGGGUUGACUCCAAGGGCUUGUAUGGGAGAUGGAGGCUCCAUUUGAUAGGCUCCUGGUAAGAUCUAUUAUGCUGUAUUCAGCGUUAUUAUUUUGUAUUGUAUAUUUAGAAAGACUCGAAUGCAAUUUGUGCUACGUAACAAAAUGUUUCCCCCCUACCUUUCUUUCACUGUUCGUUAUAUCUACACAAAAUUGGCAUGUGGGUUUCAUUAGGUAAGAAUAUACAUGGCUGUACCUUGACACAUUCAUUGUGCAGGGGUACACCAAUCCAACGUAUCAGAACUCUGGAAACAAAAUUAAGGCUUUUCCCUUUUCCACAUUAGGAAAAAACAGUUAUAAUGUUGGAGUAUAUGACCACAUUUAUGACCCAGGAAACAGGAAAAUCGAAACACGGAGAGGAGGAGCUCAUAGAACAAACUGGGACUGCUUUACUGAAUGGACUGGGGAACUUGUUGGAUAUUACCUCUCACGAGGCAAGGGAUGGCAACAGCGUGGAUGAAGAAUCAUUGUUUGUCAGUACCCCUGCGAGAAGAGAAAAGGUAAAAAUACACUAUUCAAGAACCAUCGUCAGUUAUAAUCGAUAGACAUCAAAAUAAAGGAUUUAAAAAUUCAGUGGUACAGGCCCGAAGCGAUCACCCGACAUUUGGUGAAAUGCUGCUCUUUCUAGGUUACCAAUUUCCAAAUUGAAACAACCCCUUGGAAUCAAACACAAAAUAAUCAGCGGACAUAAAUAUGACGGAGAUUUCGACGCAUACGUUCUUUGCCUUAUUACUAAAUACUGUAUUGCGAGAAAACUAUGCGAAGUCUUGGGUAAAUGUAUUUAUUUCUUACUUACAGUCUAUAUAAUAUAGUAUUGUUUAAAUCUCUAGAGUAAAUCAUAUUCAACACAAAUCCUGGACCUUGUGAAUCGCGUUGGCAGCAAUGUGGAGGCUAUAAAAGAACUUUAUGAAAAACCAAGCGUUCUUAAGACCCGGACCCUGUCCAUGGUUAUUGAUCGUCAAACUCCCUCUAGAAUUGGCAGCAAGGCUUUGGAGGACGAGAGCUCGAAAGUCGUCAUACCCUCUAUUGAACAGCUAGUAGGAGACGAUGGAAAUCUCGGGCAGUAUCUAUCAAGUCAGGUAAGUCUUCCCAAAAAAUUUUCAAAGAUUAAAUUUUUCGAAAUAAUCCAUGUAGGGUAACCAUGCUGUACUCAAAUUUUUUGACUUACGGGGGUAUUACGGUUGGUUUUUUGAGGAAAUGAUGUUGAUUUGGGAAGGAAAUAAAUUAGGGUAGAAAAGGUAUACACAUAAACCAGUUAGUCCGGUAGUAGGAUCAGAGGCACCUUGUUGUGGUGGUGGACCAUUUGGUAAUUGUCUACUUAUUAUUUACUUCAUAUUUUAAUAAUCUUUAUUAACCCCCAAAUCCAAUAUUUUCCCAAGUUCCCAAAAUUUUAAACAUCUCCCCUCCUAAAUUUUAUACAUUAAAAACAUCCGAAAAAUCUUCCAAAAUUUCACAAAUAAUUAUUGAAUUAAGGACUGUAACUUAAUUGAGUCAUUUUCGGAUUGAAUGAAAUCUUGGCUAGAUGUUUAAGAAAAAGGGUGGAAAUCAACGAACUGUACUGCUCCCUUAAGGCAUAACGCCAUGUAGGAAAUGUCGAGUUACAUUAGGGUCAUGAAAUCAUGGUGUUAGCUUUGAUAAUAAACUGAUUAGGGGGACUUGACAACAGAGGAACACGAUAGUCUUGAAAAAAGAAGAAUACAAUGUUUUAAUUCAAGAGAAUUAAAACAGCAUAACGUACAUAAUAUAAUUGAGAACAAACAAUAGAUGCAACAGAUAAGAUGAUAGAACUGAUGUCUUGACAACCGAAAACACAGCAGGGUUGUCAGUAGAACAAUACAGAGGACCUAACAAUACAAAACCAAAAUUGAACAACAAAAUCCAAUCGUAGAGAGCUGAACGAGGCUAAGUAAAGGUGGAGUACUCUUUCAAGUAACCUUUUGUUUUAUUAUUUUUAUUAAUCUUCAGUUAGUGACAUUUAAAAGCAACCCUUAUACUUGGGACACUAGUGCCAGUGAUAUCAAAUCUGUUGUUCUUGACUUUGAACUGAAAGACGAAAAUGGCCACAGAAUCAAUAUCUACAACCUCGAGCAGGAGGUGGAACUUUUUCUAUCUCCACCUAACCAAAAUGUAGAAAAAGUGAAGGAAUACUUCGUAAAGCCAAGCAACAACGGAACGAUGCAGUUCCACAAGUUGGAGUUUCCAGGAGCCGAGUAUGCUAUCUCCAUCAGAAUUGUUCCUAUAGGUAAUGAAACCCUUAAGCUAUAUUUACGGUACGCGCAGAGACCGACGCUCACGAAUUACAGUUUUACAGCGACUGUUCCAGACUACAGCUCUUGCAAUUAUUCCGUGGAGAAAGGCUAUACAAACUGUACUUCUGACAUUUUUACGGUGACUGUCUCCUCUGCUACAACGGGACAUACAGGGCCGCACUACCUGGGUGUAGCCAAUGAAAGACUUUCCAAUCAAGAAAAAAGCAAUAGCAGCUCACGAGGUCAAAUGAAGCGCGUAAGGCGAGAUUGCUCGCAUAAAGGUCGUCAAAAGAGAUCCUGUGUAGGUGUGAAGGAUCCCCCAACCACUCCUCCUCCAGUUCUGGUAAUAACGCAACCAUACAACGCAAGUACGGAUGUAAAUUACACUUUACAGGUGAGCAUGGCGACAUGUCAGUAUUGGAAUGUUACUGCACAAGCGUGGACCACGGAGGGAUGUAAGGUAGGUCAUACAGGUCUUAUUUGAUAGCAAAGUCAAGUCUUAUUUCAUAACUAAAUUCUUAAAAUAUUACCCUGGAAAAUGUCGGAUGAAAAUUAAUUUAACACGAGAAUUAUCUGAGGCAUUAAAAAGCAUAAAGCAUGUUUUGAAGAAAGCCGUACAGCCCAAGCCUUUAAUGGUUGUGGGAAAAAAUAACAGUGCUGAAUACUUACAAAUGGUCGACAAUUUAGAUCCAGGUAAUUUACUAUCGCCACUUAGGUAGUACAAAACCACUGACAGUAAAAUGGGGUGUUCAAUAAAAACCCAUUCUUGCUGUAAUCUUUAACUCCGUGUUUGUUUUGUUUGAAACUAGGUUGGACCAGACUCUAGACCCAGAGCUUUACAGUGUCUGUGUAACCACUUAUCGUCGUUUGGUGGAAACUUUCUUGUGGCUCCAAACCCAAUAGACUUCGAUUACGUGUUGAAACAGUUUCCUAACAUCUUCGAUUCUGGAAACGUGGUUGUCUUAGCGACCGUGUUGUCCAUAUUUGGUUUGUGGUUUAUUGGGCUCCUUAUUGCUAGACGAGCUGACGAAAAGGAUGCAUGUAAGGCAAGUUAUUUGUCCACCUGGCCUACUUAUCACAUUCGAUCAGAUUUCAAGGGACGUAUGUUUCCAAAGAUCAGAGAACUUUCCAAAACAUACCCGGUAUUCGGGUAACUUCUGACUAAUCACUGUUAUUCUUUUUGUGUUCUUUUGACAGGCAGUUGAAAAUCUUCGCCUUCAAAUGGAAGGGGGACGCAUGUUUGAGUUAUCAGUGUAUACUGGUAUAUGGAGAAGAUCCGGUACAUCAGCCAACGUCGCUAUGAUCAUAUACGGGGAGGAAACUCGCAGCGAAACUCUACAUCUAUUCGACAGAUAUAGCGACAAAAAGCUGUUUGCUAGAGCAAGCAUCAACAACUUUUUGAUUUCUCUACCAGAUAAUCUGCUGUCCCCGAUCAUGAUCAAAAUUUGGCAUGACAACUCCGGUAAUAACCCAUCCUGGUACAUCAGUCAAGUUGUAAUGAGGGACCUGGAAUCAGAAGAAAAAUGGUUUUUUCUUUGCAAUCGGUGGCUUGCAGUUGAUAAAGAGGACGGAGAGGUCGAAGCUGACAUACCACUCGCAAGUGAAAGAGAUCUCUCCAAGUUCAAGUACAAGUUCUUCACUCGGGCGUCAAAGAGUUUAAGCGAUAGCCAUUUGUGGCUUUCUGUUGUGACCAGGCCACCUCAUAGCCCAUUUACACGUGCACAGAGACUUUCAUGCUGUGUCUGCGUGUUGUUAACUGCGAUGCUCGCAGGAGCAAUGUUUUACCAGUUUGGUGAAAAACAAAUGGACACGCACAAGUUUGGUCCACUCAGAUUCAGCUUAAACCAGCUUGUCAUAGGCGUCCAAAGUGCUUUGAUCGUUGUUCCUUUAAACUUACUGAUUGCAACUAUAUUUCGAAACAUCAAGAUUUCAAACGACAAAGAACGGAACUCACGUUAUGCGCAAAAUGAAGGCUCAAGUCCUAGCGCUACUAAUUUAAACAAACGUCCUGGGUGUCUUCCACAUUUCUUUGUAUAUAUUGCCUGGUCACUUUGCAUUCUUUCUUCGCUUGCAGCAGGGACAUUCAUCAUAUUCUAUAGCGUUCAGUGGGGAAAAGAAAUAGCUAACCAGUGGCUUACGUCCGCUCUAAUCUCUGUUAUCCAAGAUAUAGCAGUCAUGCAGCCAAUAAAAGUUAUCGCUUUGGCUUUAUUUCUUGCACUGAUCCUCAAGAAACCACCCGAGGAAAAGACCGCACAAUCUUUUCAUGAUUCCACUUUAAGCGAUGACCAAAGCAUUAAAGUUAUAGCCCCGAAGGGAAACGAACUCACCAAAGCAAGAAAAACGAGGGAAAGCGUUGUAGAGACCGUCAGUACUCUUGCUGAGAUCGUGAUGUUUUUAGUGUUUGGCAUUUGUCUCUUUCUGGUAGUGUAUGGUAAUCGAGGAUACAGUCGUUACCGACUAACAGCCAGUCUCGAGAACGUUUUUAAGGAGUCAUUUGAAGAGGUGAAGGGCCCUAGAAAUGUUUGAUAAAGCUCCUUAUAAUUAAUAGUGUGACGGUGAUAUUUUCACUAUGCUAGAGUAGAAGUGGCAAAAAGCGUGGAAUGGAACUGAAAGGGUGGGAGAAGUAUUCCAAAACGUUUGCUUCAGGCAUCGGGAAUUGCACACUGGGAAGGUCUUGUUGGUGGUCGCUAAAACAAAGCAUUGCAGUUAUUUCCGUUGCCCAAAUGCCCAAUGCCAGAUUGCUAAUGAUCAGUUGCCGAAGCAACCCUUGUUGAACUAGGUAUGGAUGUGGAAAUAAAAAAAUCAAGCACGAGACUAAAAUUGCAGCGACUCAGCUACAAGCUGAAAUUGAAGAAAUUUUCUGAAAGUUUGCCGAUGCCUCUUUUAUGGGCCACCAAAAAAAGUAUUAAUUUUCAGGGAAUAUUUGUGGCUUUUGUCUUCAAGGUUGAUUCUACAGAUGCAUUCUGGGGUUGGAUCGAGGAGUCAUUUAUUCCUGGAAUUUAUGACACUACGUGGUAUAAUGACCAAAGUUUUGUUGCUCCGGAAGGAUUUCUAAGCACUCGAGAAGCAUUCUUAGUGGGCAUGCCUAGAUUCAAGCAAACUAGAAUUAAAGAAGGUAGGGUUUAGUAAGGAGAUAGUUAGAUAAUUAACACAGACACUGAUAAAUACCGGAUAGGCCAUAAAAUUUCUCUUCUUGAUCACAAAGCCUCGUCGCAAUGAUAGACUUUCUCCAGUGUCUCUGGCAGAAAAAAAAUCCAAUAUUACCGCAUUGUACCUUUUUGCUGCCGAAGCGUACAUGUAAAUAGCAAAUUGUAAAUAUCUCAUUUUCCGCUCCCCUCAGGGCUUUUCAGGGAAAAUUGUAAAUAUCUCAUUAUUUACUUCACUCAAGGUUUUUCAGGGAAAAUUUACAACCCUGGUUGGGGGACUUUUGUCCGACUUCUUUUGGCGCAGUUUACAAGUAAUGGACGGAAGUAAAGAGUUAUAAAUACCCCCUUACGUGAAUGUGAUUUUGAGAUAGACCACCACAUCGUGGACAAAGUCCUGUGCCUCUUUGAACCGUUGUGCGUUCUUUAACGUCCCAAAGAAUGUAUUAUGCGUGCACAGGUUGUGAGAAGGGGUCUACUGUUUAUCGCCCUUAUCCCAGAAAACUAGAAAUUUCUCCUCAUUCAUUUGAAGGACCGGUGUAUUGUUCCAGCUGGUGUUUGAAACAGCGGCCUCCCGCUCGACAGAACGUUGCCUGCGUGCAGACGUCCAGUUUCCUCACGCACACAGGCUAAGCAGAACGGCGCUUAUCCAGCUAAGCUUAUCUUGCAACCGUUAAGUAGAAUCUCUUCGAAGAGCCUAAUUCACAGUCCCUGAAGCUUGUAGGGACGUGAAUAUCAUGUUCAUUUCUGUUCAUUUCUUCUUUUAGUAAAAGCAUGCAAGACUGCCAAAGUUUACUCGGAGGUAGAAGCCAUUUUCGGGCGAUGCAUUCCACGAUAUUCACCACAUAAUGAAGACGAUACACGUUUUAAUCUACCUGGGUGGGUACCAGUGACGAAUAUCAGUAAAUAUCACUCUGUAUAUGAACUGCGGAGACUCUGCCCGAAGCCUUGGCGGUAUAAUACAUCAGCGGAGCUUGAUACUCUGUCAUAUUCCGGAAAGCAUGCUAAGUAUGAAGGUGGAGGAUACAUUGCUGAUCUCGGCUACAAUUCUCGAACAGCGUCUCGAGUUGUUCGUAACUUGGAAAGCAACGAUUGGAUUGAUGAAAAGACCGCAGCUGUCUUGAUAGAAUUUACCGUUUUUCAGCCUUCGACGUCUUUGUUUAGCGUGGCAAAGCUUCUUUACGAAGUUAUUCCUACUGGAAAACCAGAAACCCGAGCACGUUUUCACACGCUUUCCAUAUAUGGUACUUCUGAUCCCAGACUGCGUUCUCUCUUCGUUGCCUGUGAAAUUAUCCUGUUAAUUUUAGUCGCUUAUUUUCUUAUACUCGAGGCUGUAAAGAUUUAUCGCCAAGGCUGUUCGUACUUUGUAUCAUUUUGGAACUGGAUGAAUUUGCUUCAACUCGUCUCAGCAAUCAUAACAAUUGCAUUCUUCUUUUUCAAGGAGAAGUAUAUUUCAUCGUUUGUAAAACGAGUACAAGCGAACCCUUUCGAGACAGUGAGUGUUGACUACGCCCUCUUCUGGUCCGAUCUGGAGCUACUUGUAUUGUCAGUAGUUGUGUUCGUUGUCACCGUAAAAUUUCUACGGCUAAUUCGGUUCAACAGACACGUCUGUCAAAUGGUUGCCUCCCUCAAGAUUUCGUCCCCUAACGUGGCGUCCUAUUCUGUUCUGUUUUUCAUUAACCUGAUCUCGUUUGCACUCCUUGGAUAUCUUGUGUUCGGGAAUGACAAUAUAUCGUACCAUUCAUUCAUAGACGCGUUGGGCACCCUUAUUCAAAAGUUCCUUGGAGAUGAAUUGUAUUUUUAUGAACUUCAGUACAGUAACCGUAUCUUGGGUCCAACUUACAUAAUCAGCUUUAUGCUCAGCAUGACAUUUAUCCUCAUCAACAUGUUUUUGGCGAUUCUAAACGACUCCUAUGAAAGCGUCAGGGAACUUUCGGGCGGUAAAUUUGCAGACGCAGAGCUUGGUGAUUUCAUCAAGGAGUACUACUUAACGAGAAUCCAUCGCUUGCAUGAAAUACUGAAGCGAAAGCUUGGAAAUGUUGGCUUUAGACAUAAACUAUAUGACAGGUCUAGAAACGAAUCGAAAUCACAGAUAAAAGGAGACAGUGUUGGUAGUUUCACGUCAUUACCUUCUGAUUACCCUGCUAUCGUUGAAACGUGGGAUCCUGUAAACUCCUCAUCUUCUAAGCUUGCCUUACUAGAAAAUGAGAAGACUGCUAAGUGUGUAAUCAGUACUGAAGCUAUCUAUGUUAAUGAGGUAGCCAUGGAGGGAGAUCAACCUGAUUUCCAAAGCAAGCCGCCCUCUGUCGCCUCUGAUGACGGUUCUAACGAAGAACUUUUAGAUCUCUUGGGUGAUUUACCCGAAGCUUUACUCGCGCCAACGAUCGCUUCGCAAAAGACUGUGUCUAAUGAAGAUUUCAUAGAUCUGUUGGGAGACCUUCCUGAGUCCAUGGUAGAUGACGAUGAGACAAUCGAUAAUGUUCGCAAGCGGCUUGCUGAUGUUGGUGCAGUUGUGAGGCUCAACAAAAAUACCCUCAGAAGAUUUUCAACGACCGGAGACAAAUACAUUGUGCAGACGAAUGUUCAGAUGAUGGGACCGUCGGUUGCUUUAACCUUAAGACCAAGGCUAGAAAGUAAACCACUUGUAAUCCCGAAAUGA